UGGGGGCGGGGGCGGCGAUGGGGAGCGGCAGAGCGGACGAGCGGCGGCAGCGGCGGCGGGGGGGAGCGGGGGAACGAGAGAGCGGCCGCGCCCCCAGCGCCAGCGGCGGGGCCCGGCCCGGCGGCGCGCGAGCAGCACACUGAUAAGGUCGCACAGCUUGCAGUUCUACGCUGUCAUCUGAAUUCAGCAUCAGCUGUCUUUACUCUGGUCCCUGCAAGAUGCCAGCAGCCCUUGCAGAGAACAGCCAGGUGAUCUGUGAAGUAUGGGCGAACAAUCUGGAGGAAGAGAUGAGGAAAAUUCGAGAGAUUGUUCUAAGUUACAGCUACAUUGCAAUGGACACAGAGUUUCCUGGAGUUGUUGUAAGGCCAAUUGGUGAAUUCCGCAGUUCCAUAGACUAUCAAUAUCAGCUCCUUCGGUGUAACGUUGACCUUCUGAAAAUUAUCCAGCUGGGCCUGACUUUCACAAAUGAGAAAGGAGAAUAUCCUUCCGGCAUCAACACCUGGCAGUUUAACUUCAAAUUCAACCUUACGGAGGACAUGUACUCUCAGGAUUCCAUAGACCUCCUCGCCAGCUCUGGGCUGCAGUUCCAGAAGCAUGAAGAAGAAGGGAUCGAUACCCUGCAUUUUGCCGAGUUGCUUAUGACAUCUGGGGUCGUCCUUAGUGACAGUGUGAAAUGGCUCUCCUUCCACAGUGGUUAUGACUUUGGCUACAUGGUGAAGCUGCUGACAGAUUCCAGGUUACCAGAGGAGGAACAUGAAUUUUUCCAUAUCUUGAACCUUUUCUUCCCAUCUAUCUAUGAUGUAAAAUACUUAAUGAAGAGCUGCAAAAACCUCAAGGGUGGCCUUCAAGAAGUGGCAGAUCAGCUGGAUUUGCAGCGAAUUGGACGACAACACCAGGCAGGAUCGGACUCUCUUCUCACGGGAAUGGCAUUCUUCAGAAUGAAAGAGUUGUUUUUUGAGGAUACAAUUGAUGACGCAAAGUAUUGUGGGCGGUUGUAUGGCCUUGGCACAGGAGUGGCUCAGAAACAAAAUGAAGAUGUGGACUCGGCCCAGGAGAAAAUGAGCAUUUUGGCUAUUAUCAACAACAUGCAGCCGUGAUAAGCAGUGCCCCUCAGCAGAACACGGUUACCAUAUUGGCAGCUGCUGUCCUCAGCCAUUUUCCCUAAUAGUGUCACAAACAACAGGCAUCUACAGUAUACAGCCUGCAGAAGGCCUGCAGAUUUGCUGAAGAGCUGCAUCUUCAUUUGAAACCCCGAAGAGAGUUGACUGAAUUCCUAAUGCCAGCAUUUGUGGUUUGCCACCUUUUUAAUACCAAGGGCAAAAGACAGACCCUACUGUGUAUACCUCUUUUUUUCCUCUUUAUACUGUACAGAAUCUGCAAGGAAGACUUAAUGGUAGAAUAUUCAGUAGAGCUAAGAGUCUGGAAAUCCAGCGAAAAUGGACACAGACAUCCACACAAAUUUGCAAAUUGUGCUUUAUAAAGCUUAUUUUAAAACUUCUGCAUGUUGUGAGGGUGACUGCUUCACCUCAUGUUUUGCUUAUUUUAUCUUUGUGUAGUCUGUGGAAAUUACUCCCUUUGAUCACUGCAGAGGUUUGGGAAGAGGUGCCAUUAAAAAUGAUCCUUGCAGCUAAAAAUAUUCAGAGAUUUGCUUUAACAACAGUGGGAAUGGAUAUUACUGGUGCUGAUUUGAUCAGCUCUCCGUAGUUUCUAAUUCUGUACGGUACAAGUUUGACUCAUACUGAGCCUCAGCUUAGUUCUUAUGGGUAUUAAUAAACUGUUCUGGAAAUAGAUUGAGAGCCUAAAAGUUCACCUUUGCACGAGGACCUUUUGACGGGGGAUUGGACCAAUACUCUGACUUUAGUCUUCUUCAGCUUAACCUACAAAUUUUAUUCUUCUCCUUGCAAUACAAGUAGUUCAGCAGAUGGAUAAGUAUUUGCUCCUUUUCUCCAGCCCCUAAUUUUACUAUAUGCUUGACAACAAAACAGCUCCCUUUCUCUUCAUUAUAGACAUCUGAAAAGUAGUUAGAGGAUGGAAGAGCUACUUGGGAUUCUGACUUGUUAAAAAAUGAGCUAUCCUAUGGGUUUUUUUUCUCCAACAGCUCUGCAAUGGCAUUUCUUAAAAAACAAAACGAAAAACCCGAGCCUUUUGGACAUGGCAAACUUUAAAUUUUAAGACUUUGUCUUGCAUUUUAAACAAGCUUAAACAAUCCAUUAUUAGGAGUUGAGGCUUAGAGCUGCUAUUUAAAAUGCUUGUAAAUACUACUUGUUUUUAAUUU